GACUGCAAUAACCGCCAGUUGGCUCCCAACGACUUACGCAGAGACGAUGGCCAUAUUUAACCGCAAGAAGAAGCAAGAAAGUAGCUCUGAAGGCCAGGGAAAUGAGAGAAAGAAGGAGAAGGGUAGCUGGCGACGUCCUGCAAAUACCGCUUUCAAGCAGCAGCGUCUCAAAGCGUGGCAGCCCAUUCUUACCCCCAAAACUGUUCUACCGACACUCUUCAUAAUCGGCAUCAUUUUCGCCCCAAUUGGCGGUCUACUAGUGUGGGGAAGCAGCUUGGUGUCAGAAAUGACCUUUGAUUACACUGACUGUUGGAACCUCGCAAAUUCUUCGUCAACGGACGACUUGCAGUGGCAAAACAUGUCGUCCUAUUCAUACAACCUUCGUUCUGCCGACAGCGGCGCAACUAUCCCUGUUCCGCAGUAUGCAUACUUCUUCAACGAUUCUGCGUCACAAGACCAAAAGCACUCCUGCUUUAUCAAGUUUAAUGUCGUUUCGGACCUCGAUGCCCCAGUCUUCCAGUACUACAAAUUAACUAAUUUCUAUCAGAACAAUCGUCGAUAUGUCCAGAGUCUGGAUACUGCGCAGUUGCAGGGCCAAUAUCGUGAUAAUAGUUCACUCAGUGGCGGUAACUGCAAACCUCUCGCCGUUACCAGCGACGGGAAGGUGAUCUACCCCUGUGGCUUAAUCGCAAACUCCAUGUUCAAUGACACGAUACUCCCACUCCACCCGACAUCUGACCCUUCUGGAGCGUCGGACUACAACUUCACUCAGUCAGGCAUAGCUUGGCCUGGGGAAGCUAAGAAGUACAGCGCUACGUCAGGCUACGUCGGGAAGUUUGACGAAAUCGUACCCCCUCCAAAUUGGGCACUGAUGUACCCCAACAACUACACUGAAGACAACCCGCCUCCCAACCUCCAGGCAGACGAACUCUUUCAGAACUGGAUGCGUACGGCAGGACUACCUACCUUCUCUAAACUUUACGGACGGAAUGAUACAACCACCUUACCUGCUGGCGAAUACCAAGUACAGAUAUAUUACAAUUUCCCAGUGCAAGGUUAUAAGGGAACCAAGUCGCUUGUUAUAUCAACAGUUUCUUGGAUAGGCGGUAAAAACCCAUUCCUUGGAUGGGCAUAUGUGGCGGCAGCUGCAGUCUUCGUAUUACUGGCUAUUGCAGGUACCAUUCGCCAUCUCGUCAAGCCUAGACGACUAGGAGACAUGACCCUUCUUUCGUGGAACAGAUAGAGCAUCACGUCAUGGUGUACUUACGCGUGUAUUAUGCAUCUGACCUACCAAUUAUAUUUGUGUAAUAGCAUUCACAGGCUAUGGCGUGAAUGGUCUUUUCGGAA